GCAGCAGAGAGGGCUAAAGGAGGAGAGAGGAGAGGACGAUGAGGACGAACACCAUUUAACUUUCUAACGUUUUCAUUUUAACGUUUACUUGGGGCUGAACUUCGUCCGCAGGAUGUGAAUGUUAAAUUGAGGUUUUUAUUGCGGAACAUCCGCGGGAUUUUGCCCCGCCGGCGGAGCGCCAUGGACGGGAUAACCGGAGCGGCAGUGCUCCUGUGAUGGUCCCGGAACACUUCGACGGGGAGCUUUAGUGCGUCUGUUGUAUCGUGAGUUCACACAGUGACAUUGUUUAUGUUGAGUAAUGGCGUGUGUUCAUCCAUUUUCAUAUGAAUUUGCACAGAAUACAAGUUUUAAGUCAGCUAACGGGAACGUAACCGUUAGUUUUUCAAACGUACCGCUAGCUUAACGCCGCUCCGUGUCCGUCCGUUAAUCACGUGACCGCUGCUGCCGCGUCCACCGGAUUACACCUGGAGCUGCACAUCAAUUAAUCAAUUAAGACUUUAUGGAUCUUCUCCAGCUUCACUGAAUACAUCAACAAUAACAACAUGUAUGCUGGACGGAAGAGAAGGAAACCGGCGCAGAAGGGAGUCAAACCCACCCAAGCUGAAGGCGCCAAGUCCAACCCGUCCAAACGCCACCGUGACCGCCUGAACUCGGAGCUGGACCGGCUCGCCAGCCUGCUGCCCUUCCCCGAAGACGUCAUCUCCAGCCUGGACAAACUGUCCAUCCUGAGGCUCAGCGUCAGCUUCCUCCGCACCAAGAACUUCUUCUCUGUGACGCUGAAGAACCAGCUGUCCACCGGCGUGAAGAAGAAGAGCGACCACAGCGAUGACAGCGAUGACAGCAAAGCGUCUGUGGAUGGUCGCAUCCCUGAGGGGGAACUGCUGCUGCAGGCUCUGAACGGCUUCAUCCUGGUGGUGACGGCUGAGGGAAUCGUCUUCUUCUGCUCUCACACCAUCCAGGAUUACAUCGGCUUCCAUCAGACGGACGUGAUGCACCAGAGUGUGUUUGAUCUGAUCCACACUGAAGACCAGCAGGAGUUCAGGAGCAACCUGCACUGGGCCCUCAACCCCCCCGCCGACCUCAGCCCCCCCACCGACCCGUCAACAGAUGGCGACUCAGUGUUGACCACUUCCUGCCUGGUGAGCUACAACCCCGACCAGCUUCCACCUGAAAACUCGUCCUUCCUGGAGAGAGGCUUCGUCUGCCGCUUCCGCUGCUUGCUGGACAACUCGUCCGGCUUCCUGGCAUUGAACAUCCAAGGUCGACUCAAGUUCCUCCACGGUCAGAGCCGUCAGCAGUGCGGCAGCGAGCGGAGCACCCCGCCUCAGCUCGCCCUGUUUGCCAUCGCCACGCCCCUGCAGCCUCCGGCCAUCCUGGAAAUCAGGACCAGGAACAUGAUCUUCAGGACCAAACACAAGCUGGACUUCACACCCAUGGCCUGCGAUGCAAAGGGUAAGAUUGUUCUGGGCUACACGGAGGCGGAGCUGAGAGUUCGAGGUUCAGGUUACCAGUUCAUUCACGCUGCCGACAUGCUGUACUGCGCCGAGAACCACGUUCGAAUGAUAAAGACGGGCGAGAGCGGCCUCACCGUCUUCAGGCUGCUCACCAAGGAGAACCGGUGGAAGUGGGUCCAUGCCAACGCCAGGCUCGUCUACAAGAACGGCAAGCCGGACUACAUCAUCGCCACGCAGAGACCCUUGGUGGAUGAGGAAGGGGGGGAACACCUGAGGAAGAGGUCGAUGCACCUCCCCUUCACCUUCGCCACCGGAGAGGCGACGCUCUACCAGACCGGUUAUCCGCUGCACGGCUUCCCUGAUUCCUUCCAGGGCAAAGCCAAAGGCAGCAAGUCCAAGAAAGGCAAACUGGACAAGAGCUCUUCGGACGACCUGGACCCAAAGUCCCUGCUGGGAGCGCUGAUGAGCCAGGACGAGUCUGUGUAUGUCUGCCAGCCGGACACGGAGCCGAAGACUUCUUACCACAGCAGCCUUUUCACCGAGCCGCAAGGGGACAGUGAUGCUUAUGGCGGCAUGUUGAGUGGCGACAGCUGGCAUAUGGCAUCUAACGGCGAGACGGGGAGAUGCAAUAGCAACAGUUAUGACCCACUGCUGGCCACUUUGGACUCUCUGUCCCUGGACGGGGAGGAAACGUGCUCCAACAGUGAGCUCUUCAGCGCCCUGGAGAACCUGGGCUUAAAUGCUGAAGACCUGGAGCUCCUGCUGCUGGACGAGAGGAUGAUCCAGGUGGAGCUGGGACCCAACCAUGUCCCAUCACUUAGUGACCUUCUCACCAACAACGAAAUCCUCUCCUACAUCCACGACUCACUGGAAAGCGGGACAGAGGGGGACUCCACUCGUCCAUCAAACCCCGACUCGGCCCAGCAGGCGUGCCUCGCACCUGCUGUCCCUCCGGCUCUGCCCAUCAUCCAGCUGUCGCAACAGAUGCAGCAGCACAUCAGUGCUCGUGAGCAGGUGAAAGCUCAACACACGCAGUCUCUCUCCCAGCCUGGAACAGUGGACACCAAGACUGGGAUUCCUAACGGUCACUGGGUGGUAUCGACAGAGAACCACCAUCCCCCCCAUACUAUUCUCAAAGCCUCGCAGUUGAACGGCGAACAUAAGCACCUUCACUCACUUCUGGAAUCGAGUCAGCAGUGGCAGCUGGAGCAGGAUCAGCACUCGCUCCACCUCCAGUCGCAGAGCGCUCUGCUGCCGGGCUUCCACACUCAGCUCACAACAAACGGAUCUUACCUCCCGAACGGACACACGGCCUUCCCACCGAACGUGGAGGUCAGCCACGCGGGUUACAACAUCGCCAACGCAGCACAUGCAGGUGGCACGGCGCUGAGCGGCGUGACCACACCGGACGUUUGUCACUACCAGAGUUUGGUGGCCGCCGCUCGGCCCUACCAGCAGGUUCCUCCAUCCUGUUUGUCCCAGUGUCCCACCCAAAGCUCUGCUCUGGAGUUAGAGGAGUUACUGGGACUGUCCCAGCCUCAGCACAGCCUGCCGUCAUUAGAGGCCUACAGCAUGUUCAACACCGCCGCGCAAGACUCCCCUCACAGCAAGCUGGAGAACGGUUGCCUCCUCGCUGCCACCAACGCAGCGUACAUCAGGACGUGUCUGAUGCCCAAUGGAAAUGGAGUGGCCACACGCGACAUCCCCGACGGACUCCCUGCGCUGCAGGACCCCCAGAAGUCUGGGUUUUUCCUCUGAAAGGUUGACUGAAGAGUAGAGGAGGCUAGAAGAGAAGAAGAGUAGAGGAGGCUAGAAGAGAAGAAGAGUAGAGGAGGCUAGAAGAGAAGAAGAGUAGAGGAGGCUAGAAGAGAAGAAGAGUAG